AUGAUACUUAAACUGGCCAUCGUUCUGCUGGCCGUAGGCUAUGCUUCCAGUCAGGGACUUGACCUCAAACCCUACAACGUGACAGCAGCAGCCUUGUUUUAUGUCAGCGACGCCAACAAGGACGGUAUUUUAACACUGUCUGAAGUUGACAGUAACUUCAGGAGCUACGACAGAGAUGACGACGGACGUAUCUCUAGGUAUGAGUACACCAGCCAUGUGGAUGCUAAUAGCCCCCAGUUGCACGCUUUCUCGCACGGCCUCUACGACAUAUAUGACGUGGACAGCGAUGACUUUUUAGAUGCCCACGACUACGAAAGCUUCUUCAAGCUCAUGGACUCCGACGAGAAUGACGUAGUUACGCAACACGAGUAUGUCAGGUACUGGAUAGUCCUACUGGAGACGCUAGAGCAUUUGCACGGUGGAGGUCGCAAGAGGGCGAACCUGUAA